AUGAAAAAGGCUAGAGCGAGACUGUUUAUUGUUAUGAUUCAGGUGGCGACCACCAUGCCACUAAUAAUGGCGUGGACUCCUCCUCCUCCUCCUACUUCUGUAGCGAAAUGCCCACUUGACGCUUUGAAGCUGGGAGCCUGUGUUGAUGUGCUUAGUGGCCUUGUGCACGUGGGCGUUGGAGAUCCUGUAUUAAACCAAUGCUGCCCAGUUAUUGAAGGAGUUUUGGCAUUAGAGGCAGCACUGUGUUUAUGCACGACCAUAAGGGCCAAGCUUCUGAACCUUAAUAUCCUUCUUCCAGUGGCACUCGAGCUUAUUGUGGCGUGUGGAAAGACUGUUCCUCCAGGCUUCAAAUGCCCUGCUCAGUAA